GGUCAAAUUCCAUUCACUGCUCUCACGACCACAAGCCCAAACUCAGGCAAGACGUCCCUGAGAACAUCAGCAGCUUUUACUUUGUUCUCGCUCAACUAAACCUAAAAAUGUCCUGGACGCAACCUGUUCUUCUCACCUGUCUUGUUGUUUUGUCUGCCAUCACCUUGUUCCAUGGAGCCGACAGCGCCGCUGCGUCAGAUAAGAGUGAUGCAAAGGCAGCCAAUCCUCAAGGUGCACUGAGGAAGAUCUUCAUGCCAGAGGCAGAUGCCUCCAGCUUCUUCAAACGGCGAAGCAGGAGGGCUGUGAAAACUCAGGAUGAGAUAAACGCUGAACAGAGACAGAGGCUGGCCGCGGAUGAGAGAAGGAGGGAGUAUCAUGAGGAACAGAGGAAUGAGUUUGAGAAUUACGCUGAGGAAGAGCAUGACGAGCAAGACGAGCGCACCAGAGUGAAGACAGAGCAGUGGAGAGAGUUUCACUACGACGGACUCGACCCAUCUUACGAAUAUAACCGACACACGAUCUAAAACAGUGGAUAACUACAGGGAAAUGGGUAGAGAGCUUACACUACUUUACAACAUAUUUCUGUAAAGUCUUUUCUAAACAUGCACACACCAGCACAAAAGAACGUAGCCUUAUACGUGUAUUCAUGCAUGCAGGACGUAUGUAAUCAUGUAUCAUAGUUCUUUAAAAAGAUGUACAUUUAUUCCUAUACAGGCUUUCCAUAACCCUUAACUGUACGACUAAUAACUCACAAGUUUUUAUUUUAUUUUUAUGGCUAGUUUACAAUGUUCUGUAAAUUUUUUUCCACAUACUAUAAUGAAAAAAGUCUUUGCACAAGAUUAUAUAAAAUCUAUAACUUUUUUUUGUAUUUUUCAAGAAGCUUUUAUAAAUGCCUCAAUUUCAAAGUAACCCAUUUUUAUUAAUUUUGUGGUGAGAUAAUGUAAAGUGUAUAAUUACGUUUAUUAAUACAAACAGUAUUUGCAGUCUAAGCAAGCAUU